AUGGAGCAAACAGUGCUUGUACCACCGGGACCUGACAGCUUCACCUUCUUCACCAGAGAAUCUCUUGUGGCUAUUGAAAGACGCAUUGCAGAAGAAAAGGCUAAGAAUCCCAAACCAGACAAGAAAGAUGAUGACGAAAAUGGUCCAAAGCCAAACAGUGACUUGGAAGCUGGAAAAAACCUUCCAUUUAUUUAUGGAGACAUUCCUCCAGGGAUGGUGUCAGAGCCCUUGGAGGACCUGGACCCGUACUAUAUCAAUAAAAAAACUUUUAUAGUAUUGAAUAAAGGGAAGGCCAUCUUCCGGUUCAGUGCCACCUCUGCCCUGUACAUUUUAACUCCCUUCAAUCCUCUUAGGAAAAUAGCUAUUAAGAUUUUGGUACAUUCAUUAUUCAGCAUGCUAAUUAUGUGCACAAUUUUGACGAACUGCGUGUUUAUGACAAUGAGUAAUCCUCCUGACUGGACAAAGAAUGUAGAGUACACCUUCACAGGAAUAUAUACAUUUGAAUCACUCAUAAAAAUUAUUGCAAGGGGCUUCUGCUUAGAAGAUUUUACUUUCCUUCGGGACCCAUGGAACUGGCUCGAUUUCACUGUCAUUACAUUUGCAUACGUGACGGAGUUUGUGGACCUGGGCAAUGUCUCAGCGUUGAGAACAUUCAGAGUUCUCCGAGCACUGAAAACGAUUUCAGUCAUUCCAGGCCUGAAGACCAUUGUGGGGGCACUAAUCCAGUCAGUGAAGAAGCUCUCUGAUGUCAUGAUCCUGACUGUGUUCUGUCUGAGUGUGUUUGCUCUAAUUGGGCUGCAGCUGUUCAUGGGCAACCUGAGGAAUAAAUGUGUACAAUGGCCUCCCACCAAUGCUUCCCUGGAGGAACAUAGUAUAGAGAGGAAUGUAACAGUGGAUUACAACGGCACACUUGUAAACGAAACUGUUGUUGAGUUUGACUGGAAAUCAUAUAUUCAAGAUUCAAGAUAUCAUUAUUUCUUGGAGGGUUUUUUAGAUGCACUGCUAUGUGGAAAUAGCUCUGAUGCAGGCCAAUGUCCAGAAGGAUACAUGUGUGUGAAAGCUGGUAGAAAUCCCAAUUAUGGCUACACAAGCUUUGAUACUUUCAGUUGGGCUUUUUUGGCCCUGUUCCGACUGAUGACUCAAGACUUCUGGGAAAAUCUUUACCAACUGACAUUACGUGCUGCUGGGAAAACAUACAUGAUAUUUUUUGUGUUGGUCAUUUUCUUGGGCUCAUUCUACUUAAUAAAUUUGAUUCUGGCUGUGGUCGCCAUGGCCUAUGAGGAACAGAAUCAGGCCACCUUGGAAGAGGCAGAGCAGAAAGAGGCCGAAUUUCAGCAGAUGCUUGAGCAGCUUAAAAAGCAACAAGAAGCAGCUCAGCAGGCAGCAGCUGCAACUGCCUCGGAGCAUUCCAGAGAACCCAGUGCAGCAGGCGGCCUCUCAGACAGCUCAUCCGAAACCUCUAAGUUGAGUUCUAAGAGUGCUAAGGAAAGAAGAAAUCAGAGGAAGAAAAGAAAACAGAAAGAGCAAUCUGGUGGGGAAGAGAAAGAUGAGGAUGAAUUCCAUAAAUCUGAAUCUGAAGACAGCAUCAGGAGGAAAGGGUUUCGCUUCUCCAUCGAAGGGAAUCGAUUGACAUACGAAAAGAGGUACUCCUCCCCACACCAGUCUUUGUUGAGCAUCCGUGGCUCUAUAUUUUCUCCAAGGCGAAAUAGUAGAACAAGCCUUUUCAGCUUUAGAGGGCGAGCAAAAGACGUGGGAUCUGAGAAUGACUUUGCUGAUGAUGAGCACAGCACAUUCGAGGAUAAUGAGAGCCGGAGAGAUUCCCUGUUUGUGCCGCGGCGACAUGGAGAGCGACGUAACAGUAACCUAAGUCAGACUAGUAGGUCGUCUCGGAUGCUGGCGGUGUUUCCAGCGAAUGGGAAGAUGCACAGCACUGUGGAUUGCAAUGGUGUGGUUUCCUUGGUUGGUGGACCUUCGGUUCCUACAUCGCCUGUUGGACAGCUUCUGCCAGAGGUGAUAAUAGAUAAGCCAGCUACUGAUGACAAUGGAACAACCACUGAAACUGAAAUGAGAAAGAGAAGGUCAAGUUCUUUCCAUGUGUCCAUGGACUUUCUAGAAGACCCUUCCCAAAGGCAGAGGGCAAUGAGUAUAGCCAGCAUUUUAACAAAUACAGUAGAAGAACUUGAAGAAUCCAGGCAGAAAUGCCCUCCCUGUUGGUAUAAAUUUUCCAACAUAUUCUUAAUCUGGGACUGUUCGCCAUAUUGGUUAAAAGUGAAACAUAUUGUCAACCUGGUUGUGAUGGACCCAUUUGUUGACCUGGCCAUCACCAUCUGUAUUGUCUUAAAUACUCUUUUCAUGGCCAUGGAACACUAUCCAAUGACGGAACAUUUCAAUAAUGUGCUUACAGUAGGAAACUUGGUCUUCACUGGAAUCUUUACAGCAGAAAUGUUUCUGAAAAUUAUUGCCAUGGAUCCUUACUAUUAUUUCCAAGAAGGCUGGAAUAUCUUUGAUGGUUUCAUUGUGACGCUCAGCCUGGUAGAACUUGGCCUUGCCGAUGUGGAAGGAUUAUCAGUUCUCCGUUCAUUCAGAUUGCUUCGAGUAUUCAAACUGGCAAAAUCUUGGCCAACAUUAAAUAUGCUAAUAAAGAUCAUUGGCAAUUCAGUGGGGGCUUUGGGAAAUCUAACCCUGGUGUUGGCCAUUAUCGUCUUCAUUUUUGCCGUGGUUGGCAUGCAGCUCUUUGGUAAGAGCUACAAAGAUUGUGUCUGCAAGAUCUCCAGCAACUGUGAACUCCCUCGCUGGCACAUGAAUGACUUCUUCCACUCCUUCCUGAUUGUGUUCCGGGUGCUGUGUGGAGAGUGGAUAGAGACCAUGUGGGACUGUAUGGAGGUCGCUGGCCAAGCCAUGUGCCUUACUGUCUUCAUGAUGGUCAUGGUCAUUGGUAACCUGGUGGUCCUGAACCUCUUUCUGGCCUUGCUUCUGAGCUCAUUCAGUGCAGACAACCUUGCUGCCACUGAUGAUGAUAAUGAAAUGAACAAUCUCCAGAUUGCUGUGGAUAGAAUGCACAAAGGGAUAGCUUAUGUGAAAAGAAAAAUAUAUGAAUUUAUUCAACAGUCCUUUGUUAGGAAACAAAAGAUUUUAGAUGAGAUUAAACCACUUGAUGAUCUAAACAACAAGAAAGAGAGGUGUAUGUCCAAUCAUACAACAGAAAUUGGGAAAGACCUUGACUAUCUUAAAGAUGUAAAUGGAACCACAAGUGGCAUAGGAACUGGCAGCAGUGUUGAAAAAUACAUUAUCGAUGAAAGUGAUUACAUGUCGUUCAUAAACAAUCCCAGUCUUACUGUGACUGUACCAAUUGCUGUUGGAGAGUCUGACUUUGAAAAUUUAAACACGGAGGACUUCAGCAGUGAGUCAGAUCUGGAAGAAAGCAAAGAGAAACUUAAUGGGAGCAGUAGCUCAUCGGAAGGCAGCACUGUAGACAUAGGUGCGCCUGCAGAAGAACAGCCUGUAGUGGAACCUGAAGAAACCCUGGAACCUGAAGCCUGUUUCACUGAAGGCUGUGUACAAAGAUUCAAAUGUUGUCAAAUCAGUGUGGAAGACGGAAGAGGAAAACAAUGGUGGAACCUGAGAAGAACAUGUUUCCGAAUUGUUGAACAUAAUUGGUUUGAGACCUUCAUUGUUUUCAUGAUUCUCCUUAGUAGUGGUGCUCUGGCAUUCGAAGACAUAUAUAUUGAUCAGCGAAAGACAAUUAAGACUAUGUUGGAAUAUGCUGAUAAGGUUUUCACUUACAUUUUCAUUCUGGAAAUGCUUCUAAAAUGGGUAGCAUAUGGCUAUCAAACGUAUUUCACCAAUGCCUGGUGUUGGCUUGACUUCUUAAUUGUUGAUGUUUCAUUGGUCAGUUUAACAGCAAAUGCCUUGGGCUACUCAGAACUUGGUGCCAUCAAAUCUCUCAGGACACUAAGAGCUCUGAGACCGCUAAGAGCCUUAUCACGAUUUGAAGGGAUGAGGGUGGUUGUGAAUGCCCUUUUGGGAGCAAUUCCAUCCAUCAUGAAUGUGCUUCUGGUUUGUCUUAUAUUCUGGCUAAUUUUCAGCAUCAUGGGCGUAAAUUUGUUUGCUGGCAAAUUCUACAACUGUGUUAACACCACCACUGGUGAAAUGUUUGACAUCUCCGAAGUGAAUAAUCAUUCUGAUUGCCUAAAACUAAUAGAAAGAAAUGAGACUGCCCGAUGGAGAAAUGUGAAAGUAAACUUUGAUAAUGUAGGAUUUGGGUAUCUCUCUUUGCUUCAAGUUGCCACAUUUAAGGGAUGGAUGGAUAUAAUGUAUGCAGCAGUUGAUUCCAGAAAUGUGGAACUCCAGCCUAAGUAUGAGGAAAGUCUGUACAUGUACCUUUACUUUGUUAUUUUCAUCAUCUUUGGGUCCUUCUUCACUUUGAACCUGUUUAUUGGUGUCAUCAUAGAUAAUUUCAACCAGCAAAAAAAGAAGUUCGGAGGUCAAGACAUCUUUAUGACAGAAGAACAGAAGAAAUACUACAACGCAAUGAAAAAAUUGGGAUCAAAAAAGCCACAAAAGCCGAUACCUCGACCAGGAAAAUUUGAUCCCGACGCAACCCAGUUCAUGGAAUUUGAAAAACUUUCUCAGUUUGCAGCUGCUCUUGACCCCCCUCUCAACUUGCCACAGCCAAACAAACUACAGCUCAUUGCCAUGGACUUACCCAUGGUCAGUGGCGAUCGAAUCCACUGUCUUGACAUCUUAUUUGCUUUUACAAAGCGAGUUCUAGGGGAGAGUGGAGAGAUGGAUGCUCUCCGAAUACAGAUGGAAGAGCGAUUCAUGGCUUCCAAUCCUUCCAAGGUCUCCUAUCAGCCAAUUACCACUACUUUAAAACGAAAACAAGAGGAAGUAUCUGCUGUUAUUAUUCAGCGUGCUUACAGGCGCCACCUUUUGAAGCGAACUGUAAAACAAGCUUCAUUUACUUACAAUAAAAAUAAAAUCAAAGGUGGGGCUAAUCUUCUUGUAAAAGAAGACAUGAUAAUUGACAGAAUAAAUGAAAACUCUAUUACAGAGAAAACUGAUCUGACCAUGUCCACAGCUGCUUGUCCACCCUCCUAUGACCGGGUAACAAAGCCAAUCAUAGAAAAACACGAGCAAGAAGGCAAAGAUGAAAAAGCCAAAGGGAAAUAA